UCUUAUACAUACCAUGCACGCACCAUGUAAACAUAUCUGAAAAAACCCUAGUUGUUUCGUACAGCUUAUCAAGCUGUAUGUGUCUUACCACACUGCUGGCCUUUUUGUUGUUCAUGUAUGUUUGCAGGAUGUUUGAUGUGGGUAGCAAUUGAUAGAAAGCAGCUGGUAGACUGGUAAUGUGCUAUAUAGCAGUAUAAACAGUAUCAGAGCGAGCGGCCAAGCAAUGGAGCCAACAGUUAUAGAGUAUCAAGAAUUAAAACAAAUUACAGAUGGAUUCUCCGAGAAUCGAAAAAUUGGUGAAGGUGGAUAUGGAAAAGUUUAUUGGGGGUUACGUGAAAAUGGAGAUGAGAUUGCCGUGAAGAUGCUCCGAGAUAAUAUUCGUUUAGAUGAUAAGCAAUUCCAGAAUGAGUUUGGCCACCAUUUCGAGCUCAAGCAUGAUAACAUUGUCCGACUAGUUGGCUUCUGCCAUGAGUCCAAAGGUGAUGCCAUAAUGCACCAAGGGAAUUUUGUUCUUGCAGAGAAACGAUAUAGAGCUUUGUGCUUCGAGUAUAUGCACAAUGGGAGCCUUCAAAAGUAUAUAUCUGUUCACGUCCACGCAGAUGAAUGUGAUAAACUUGACUGGCAUACCAGUUACAAAAUAAUUAAGGGGACUUGUGAGGGUUUGAAAUACCUCCAUGAAAGAUCCAAACCUAUUUUGCAUUUAGAUCUGAAACCCGACAAUAUAUUGCUUGACAAGAACAUGGUGCCCAAACUUGCUGACUUUGGCCUGUCCAAGGACUUCCAGGACAGAAAAACAAGGACCACAAAAACUGUUGUAGGAACGCAUGGAUACAUGCCACCAGAAUUCCUAAAAGAAAACACGUUUUCUGACAAGAAUGACAUAUUCAGCCUGGGAGUUAUAAUAAUUGAGAUCAUGAUGGGACCUGCAGGCUACUCACAAUUUAAAGGAAUGUCUUCAGUCUCUUCAGAGAGAUCCGAUAAAGGAAUGUCUUUUGGUAAAGACGAUAAAAAAGAAUUAUUUAUUGAUCUGGUACAAGAAAAAUGGAGGCGCAAGUUACAGGCAACACAUAGUGAUUCCUUUUUAGAAGAGUAUUGCAAGCAAAUAAAGAUAUGCACCGACAUAGCAAUAGAUUGUGUGAAUGAUGAUAAGGAAAAAAGGCCUAGGAUAGUGGAGAUCAUCAAAAGGUUGAACGAGGCAGGACCCACGAUUGACCAAGAAAAUAAUAUCAUUGUUCCCACUUAUGGGUUAACUGCACAUACAACCCAUGACAUUGUGAGCCUGCCAGUUGUCAAGCUUGGAAUGUGGGGUGGAAAUGAGGGAAGAUAUCAUGACCUUAGUGUGAUGCCUCGACGCCUACUAACUAUGACAGUUCGCUGUGGAGAAGCUAUUGAUUCAAUUGAAUUUUCUUACAUUGGUGUGGAUUUGAAAGAGCAUGUGUCCGGCCGGUGGGGUGGUACUUAUGGAGAAGCCCCUAGAAAGAUUAUCUUGGGCCCUGAUGAGAUUGUACAGGAAAUUUCUGGUACAUAUGCCGAUUACAGAAGAGAAAGAGACGUUAUAAGAUCACUUACUAUUUUCACCAAUUUUGAUAAAGAGCAUUCUUUUGGUGAACCCAUAGGAAAUCCUUUCCGGAUUCCUGUGGAUAAUAAUGGCCAUAUCGUGGGUUUCUACGCACGUUCGAAACAGUUUCUUAACGCGAUCGGCAUCUAUGUUCAUCCAUGAAAAUAACAGAUGCGGAGAUCCGUGCUUAUUAUUCUGCUCUUUCAGUUUCAUCGGUCAAUCGACGCUCUUUUUCGUAAUGUGCAGGUGUUGAAUGAGUUGGACGUGGGAGAUGGCGCACGACUGAUCAUCAUCAUCAUCAGGAGGCCAGUCGCAAUCUUCUGAUUGUAAUAAAUUAAUUAUUUCUGUAGCCAAUAAAUGCAGAAAAUACUACAUACGCUGUCCAUCGUGAAGGCAGCACAAAAACACACUACUACUGCAGUGUUUCUUGUCAUGUGUAGCUACAGGAACUUGUUAGAGAAUCAAAACAAGCAUUAUUGAG